UCCACACCGCUAGGAUGGAGAGAGCCGAGGCUAUCACCCUCUUCUGGAGCCGGGGAGCUGCAGCUAACUCGGGUCGGGAAAAUGCGACAGCGACUGCCCACUCGAGGUCGUCAUGGCGACAGCCAGUGAACGUGUUCCUCUCCUCGGGCAGGCCCCCGAGUGUAGAGGAGCUGCUUCGCGAGGCGCAGCUCAAUCUCCAGAGCCUGUUGCAAGAAGAAUAUGAGGAACAGUACUCGGAGGCCAGACUUCUGGGGCAGACCUUCCGCUCUGCUGAUGAAGCCCCUGAGCCCACUCCCAGCCCAAGGCCCCAGUCUGCCAGGCGUCUGGAGUUUGUACUGAUGCCCACAAAACGGCAGCUGAGCGAGGAUGAGACUACCAUGCAAGGUGUGAGGGCCCCUGAGGCCUCCCUGAAUCUGCCUACCACAGCCGACAAGCAAGCUGCCUGGAAUAGCCCCUUCCCUCUGCCCGUCCUAGAGGAGAAGCGAUGGCUUCAGCCUUGUCCCACGCACUCUGACAUCGUGCCCAUCAAUGUCUCCGGGCAGCAGUUUGAUAAACAUGCAAGUUUGCGACACUCGUUGUUUAACACAGAGACAGCCGUGAACCCCAAGUCCACCCUGAGGCGGAGGCGGACCAUUAUUGGAUUCUCUAACUAUUCCCAGCGAGACCAAGGUCACAGCAACAGCCCCACAGGCAGUGUGGCCCGCUCUACCACCUCAGACAUCAAGCCCAGCCAUUCAGUUCCAGGAGGUGUUCAUGGAAGAGUUGCCAUUGGUCAGGAAGCUCAGUUAUCAAAUCUCACCUCGCCAGUACUGAGAAAUCCUUCUAGUGAUCCAGAAGAACCUCUCCAGGCACGUGGUGGCACAAAAGUCCCUGGCAUGGAGAGCAUGGGGAUGGUGUACAGCGUCCCCAGUUCUUGCAAUGGACCAACAGAAUCAACGUUCUCCCCUUCCUGGAAGGGAGAUGCUUUUACCUAUGUGACUCCAAGUGCCACUGCUCAGAGCAGUCAAGACAAUGAAAAUGGAAAAAGUCCUUCCUCUGGGAAUUCUUGGAUCUCUCUGCACACAUUGCCACCUCUGGUUCCUAAGGAGGCUGCCACCUUCUUUGUCACUCGUGAUACCCCAGCAGGAUGCAGUGGGUCCGCUGGCUACUCUGAGCAUUCUACUCAACGAAGGCACGUAUCAGAACGACCCUCCAAGAUUGGCCUCCUGACUGGUGAUACCUCAAGGCUGGAGACAGGCCCAGGUGGGGCCAGCAGGUUCCGGGAGCGGUCACUGUCUGUACCCACAGACACAGGCACCACGGAUGUGGACUACGACGAGGAGCAGAAGGCCAGUGAAGCCUGUGCCCUGCCUUAUGCCAGUACAAGUUCUGAGGGCAGUAACAGUGCCGACAACAUUGCCUCCCUUAGCGCCCAACAGGAGGCCCAGCAAAGAAGGCAGAGGUCCAAGAGCAUCUCACUCAAGAAGGCCAAGAAGAAGCCUUCCCCUCCGACUCGCAGUGUCUCGCUGGUCAAAGAUGAACCAGUCCUCUUGCCAGAAGGUGGGUCAGCGCUACCCAAGGACCAGAGGCCCAGGAGCCUUUGCCUCUCCUUGGAACACCAAGGACAUCACUCAUCCCACCCAGAUACUCAGGGUCACCCAGCUGUGCCAACCUUCAAAGACCCAGAAGGUACACAAUUCGCCCACCACUGGUAUCUUACUGACUGGAAGUCUGGUGACACCUACCAGUCCUUGUCCAGCUCCAGCACUGCCACUGGCACCACAGUCAUCGAGUGCACCCAAGUUCAGGGCAGCUCAGAGUCUCUCGCCUCCCCUUCCACCUCCAGAGCCACAACGCCUUCCCAGCUUUCCAUCGAGGUGGAGGCCAGGGAGGUAUCCUCCCCAGGAAGGCCCACUGGGCUGAUGUCACCCUCCAGUGGAUACUCCAGCCAGUCAGAGACACCAACACCCACUGUCUCCAUGUCCUUGACCCUGGGCCACUUGCCCCCUCCAAGCAGCAGUGUCCGGGUGCGUCCAGUGGUACCUGAGAGGAAGUCAUCACUACCCCCAACAUCACCAGUGGAGAAAAUGUCCAAGUCACGGCUAUCGUUUGACCUACCGUUGACCUCUUCAACCAACCUGGAUCUGUCUGGGAUGAGUAUCUCCAUCCGAAACAAAACCAAGGUGAGCCGGCAUCACUCGGAUACAAAUUUUGGGGCCAAGCUGGCCCAGAAAACUAGCCCCAACCAGCCAAUCAUGCCCAUGGUUACUCAGUCUGACUUACGUUCUGUUCGCCUGAGGUCAGUCAGCAAGUCUGAACCGGAAGAUGACAUUGAGAGCCCUGACUAUGCUGAGGAGUCAGGAGCCGAAGUCUUCACCUUGCCAGAGAGAAAGGCAAAACCUCCCAUAGCCGAGAAGCCCCCACUGGCCCGAAGGCCUCCAAGCUUGGUCCACAAGCCACCGUCUGUCCCCGAGGAGUACCCACUAACUUCGCCUACCUUGGCUAUGACCCCCAAGACCUCAAUUCAACAUAUGAGGCCACUCCCUCAAGAUAUAUACACGGUGGUGCGGAAACCAAAGUCCUCCAGCUUCCCUGAGGGCAGAACCCUGGGGGAGUCAACAGCACCCUCAUCUCUUGUUUUCACGCCUUUUUCCAGUUCCUCUGGUGCUUUCUUCUCAGGAACACAGCAACCUCCCCAGGGAAGUACGGAGGAUGAGGGCCCCAAGGGGAGAGCCCUACCUGAAAGAAUUAGCCUCCAGAGCCAAGAAGAAGCUGAGAAAAAGAAAGGCAAGAUUCCACCUCCUGUACCAAAAAAGCCCAGCGUGCUGUACCUGCCUCUCACCUCACCUACAACUCAAAUGGAGGCCUACACGGCUGAACCAAGGCUGCCUCUCAGCCCCAUCAUCACCCUGGAGGAAGAUGCCAAGUGUCUCCCAACCAGCGACCACCUGCCAUCGACUGGUACAAGGACAACCUCCACGCCACAGGCUGACAGUGAAAGGGAGGCAAGCCCUCUGGGGAGCUCGAUGGAACCAAGCACCGAAGAAAAAAGUGUAAUCAGUGAUAAAACAGCCGAAUGGAUUGCGGAAGAUGAUGAUGAUGUGUUUGUGGCUUCACGAACAACUGAAGAUUUAUUUACUGUGAUCCACAGGUCCAAAAGAAAGCUGCUUGGCUGGAAGGAGCCUGGUGAGGCCUUUGCUGGUGGCAGCAGACCAACCUCCCACUCACCAAUAAGGAACACGGCUGAGUCUCCCAUCAGUGAGUUGGCUGCCUCUGCAGGGUCAAGUGGCAGUGCCAGCCUAGAUGCUGGCAGAAAUGAUGAUUUCAAGGCCUUGCUACAGAAGAAGGGAAGCAAGGCAACUCCAAGGUCCCGCCCCUCAGCAGCAGAACUGCUGAAGACCACUAACCCACUGGCUCGGCGAAUUAUUGCACAAUUUUCAAAAGACUACGAAACCCCUGAUAACCCCAGUACCUAAGCCCUGGGUUCAGCAAGCAAGGUUGAGUUACUAAGCUUGAGUAGAAAAGGGGGAAGAGAAAAAGGGUUUUAAGAAGGAACCAUGGAAAUAACAAAAGAGCCUGCAUUUCUUUUACAUUAACUCACACUCUGGACAGCAGGAGAGAGGCCACAUCCAGAACUAAAAUCAUCAGGCACUUUAAUCAUCUUCAGACAUUUUAUGUUCUCAUACUUACAAUCUUGCCAUUACUAACUACCGAUUUUCUCCUUAUUUCCCCCAAGUGGUAUGCACUCAGAAGAAAUUCUCAGAUGCAAGGGCACAUAUGCCAUCUUCUAAAUCAAUGACCAGGCUGCUCCAUCCCUGGCUCCUAUCACUGAGGGGCACAGUGAGAGAGCAGAUUGGGGGCUGCCAAACCCAGGGGACAUAGGGUGCCAUUGCUGAUUAUUCACUUUCCCAGCAAGGCCCUGAUGGCCCUGCAUGGAGAAGCAGAAGGACCCUGAUGCCACUUCAGCCACAGUAUAAUUCUCCACCGCGAGAGGUUUGCAGGUGUGCACUUGUUUCAGCAUGAGGUUGAUUGGAUGGCUUUUGUCAUGCAAAAUAUGAAUGUGACUCUGUCCUGGACUUCACACCUUUUUCAGUUUGAUUGUCUACACGGAGAUCAGGGUGAUGAGUUUCAGUAAACAUAUAGACCCCCCCCUCCCCCCUCCCCCCUCCCCACCCCCCUUUGCUAGAAAAGGUCAGGACUGGGUUGCUUUGGAUGAACCAAGCUCGGCCAACAAACAAGGCAGCCGUUUGUUCACUCAAAUCUAUCCAAGGUAACUCACAUGUGCGCCUUGAGAUCCUUCAAAUGUCUGCCAACAACGGGAGCUAGUGUCUGUGCCCAGCUCAUGCUGCAUUCGAAGAACUCUCGCUUCAUUUGCAUAUAGUAUUCAUUACAGGAAGUCUUCAGCUGAAGGAACAGCAUCCUCAAAGUCUCAAGGAGGAGAGAAAGUAAGUGUAACUUGCCCACCACCAUUCACUUCAGAUUGUGGUUUGUGGUUGGUUUGAUUUUGUUUAAAGGAAAUCUUCCUGUUUCCAAACCAAGAACGUAUAGACUAAAAGGAUAGGUCCAAAAUCUAAAAGGCAGCCUUGCAACUUGCUAUGGCCCAUAACCCAAAAAAAAGGGCUACUUUUUGCCAUUUACUUUCUGCUGUUUGACCAAUUUUCAAUUAACCUGCUGGGGGAGAAUGUAAGGACUGGGGUAAAUGGGAUACUGGAUGCUGACAGAGUCCCAGGACAGUCAUUGUGACCCCUUCUCCCCACCCCCUGCCAAAGCUUAUAGACAUUAACUUUUCUUGUCAGUUCAAUUUUCUAAGCAAAGCAAGAGCCGUGAUUCAUUUGAUUUUCAUAUGUCUGGUUUCUGGGAGGUUGAGGGGAGAAAUAGACAGCACUGAACAAAGAAAACUGGCUGACCGAUAAUGGAGGAUUAAUUGUCCACCAUUCCCAAGAGGGAAAAAGGAAAGUCAAAUGAAAUUGUAGCCUGCUUCACAAAGAGAGUCCCCUGACCUCUUCCUCCUUCACCACCCACCCAACAGAUUCAUUGGUCAACCUCUUGGAGGAUGUGGAAACUGCUCCCAGAGACAAGCAGAUCUUGAUUUUGACAGGUCUCAAUAAGAAGCAAGCUCUUUAGCCCAACUGCCCACACAGCGGAAGAGCAGCUGGAAAACCACACUGAGUGCUGAGGGGACUUGGGCCUCUCACAUAGAAGCCCUAGGCCUGGGCCCUUGGUUGGUACAGUUCUGAAUUCUAGACUUCUCUGUACAGGCCAGGCCCAGCACCUCCCCCUGAUUUAGACAGAAGCCACCUCAAAUAAUAGACAGUUCUUGAAAGCCCAGUUGCUUUUGAAAGCGUUCCAACUAUUUAGUUCAAGGGUCCUGACCAAAUUUCAGAGGUUUUGCCUGAAAUAAAAUAAGAUUCAUUCCUGGCCUUAAUUUAUAUACGAAUGCCACACACUUGUCUGCCCCGGACUCAGAAUCCCAAAGGAUGGAAACAUUUUCCUCUGUGGGGAAAUGAAGGAGUGUUUGUGCUUUUGCCUAACAAAAGUGAAAGGCUGCCGGGGCCCUCUACUCCAGAACCAUUAUGAGCUCUAAAGCAGAGUAUGAGACUCACACAGUAUAGGACUUGUUACUUCCGCUAACUUUUCUGGAAGCUUCUUGUUUGGUACUUCUAGUGGGUUUUGCCUCUCCCCUCACCUUGCCACCUCUGGUGGUUUUCCCGAAAGAUUCUAAAGCUGAAUAUCCAGACACCUUGACGUUUUUCAAUUACCUUGAGUCUUGCUUUCCCCUGCAAUACUCCGUAUGCCUGGAAUUUUUUAGAAGGUCUUCUACAUCUUCACUAUGGCCCUCCAAUGCCCAGUGGUGUUGCCAUUAGCAUAAGAGGAUUCGGGGCAGAGAUGGUGUGGUCAGAGGUAACAUUGAGGACUGGUAAUAUUCAUUUAAUAUUUUGCAACAGGUGGACCUAGUCCCAAACAAAUAACCAAAUUGUAGAAUUUCUACCAAUCUCUGAUGAACAUAAUACCGGACAGCUCUCCUAGUCCUCACACUCAACGUCUCGCCUCCCCUUGGGUAUCAUAGCACCAACUCUGUCUUCCACCCAGGCACAAGCCACAGUGUCUGCUGCCUCGUGCACCUACUCUGCCAAGGCUGGAGAAGAGAGGCUGAAAGCCCCUUCCAGGAAGCCUUUCAGAGAAGCGACUGUUGCCACUAUUACUAGUGUGAAGAGUGAUAACAGUUUUUGAAGGUGGAAUACAGAAGGGAUACAGGUGAAAUGAAGUUGGCCCCAGGAAGUCAGGUUCCAAUUCAAGUUGUUUCUGUCCCUUUGUUUCCUCUGAUUCCAACCAAUAGCAGCAGGUGGCUCUACUGGACUGACUUCUGCCUAGGCAGGAGUAGAUGCAGUCGUCCCCAGGGGAGGAGGUUAAUUGGUAGCUAAGAGCACUUUGCCCUUGGUGGGUAUUCAUUAUGUAUUUGUGGUUCAAACAUUGAGGGUAGGGAGCAAGUCGUUCUCAGCACAACAGGAAGCUUCGCUGCUGUCUCCUGUCCUUUGCCUGUCUCAGUCUCUCACCUGGGCCUCCCACAUGGCCCCAACUUGCCCCUCAGUCCCUAUUUCUGUGACCUGCAUCCCUAGCCGACAGCUCACCCUUUAAGGACGCAAGACCGCAGGCAGCAAAAUAGCUUGCGUUAGCUUACUGACCACAGAUCGACCAGUUGAUCUGGAAUCAUUACCUUGAAUGUGCAAAGACAGAGGAGAGUCUGAAAGGCUCUCACAACAAGCACGUCACCGGACACCCAUUUUAACUCUCCGACGACGUGGGUCGGAUUGUGAUCCCGCUGGACCCAUCAGUCUGAGCAGAUAUGUCCACGCCACCCGCUCUCUUCCUCAUCAACAAACUACUUAUUAAAAAAACAAGUUCACAGUCAGUGCUCUGUUCCUCCAGCGAACCUUCCAUUAUCAUCAAGUCUGUAACACAAUGGCCAGGCUUCACUUUAAUAUGAUUUGCCAGGGCCAGGACUAGAGUGGGGUGAGUGAGGUGCCUGGGGUGCAAAAUUUAAGGAGGCACCCACUCUCAGGGCCAUGUUAGUGCCUUACCCUCGUCCCGGCCUUGCGAUUUGCACUCUAUAAAGUAAUAUUGGUUUAUCUUCUUUCUAUGGACAUGUAUGGUUCUUCCGAUUUGGGGGGGUAACUCCCUAUCUGUUGUCGCACCAAAUGUUUUAUUGCCAUCUAUUUUUCCAUUGCUCUAAACCUUUGUAUGCCUACACAUCAAAGACUCUUCAGUAUUAUCAGAAAACAUGGCCGAUUUCUAAGUCACCUGCUCCAAGUGGCAAGUUAGCACCCAUUUCAAUAGGGAUGCGGACAGGGACAGCCCCUCAGCAAAAUAGUGAAUGAGUUGGAGGUCUGUCAUUGGGAUCCUCCGUCUCCUCUCUCUGCUCCAUUCCCCCCAGACCUUGCUUCUUGGCACCAACUCUCCUGAGUGCGUCCUCGUUUGUCCUCCUCCUUGCUAAGGAAAGCAUGCUCUCAGGAAAGGGAUAAAUUCCUUUACUUUGGGAUUAUAAGGCUUAAUGAUACCUCUUUGGAGGGUCACUUGCAUUUUAACAGGGAAAAAGCCUUAAGCCAAAGGAAUGACGUUCUACUUGUAGAAUUUUAGGCCUCAGUCAGUUGCAGAAGUGUAUUUUUCACCAUGGAAAGGUCAAAUUCCCUGUUGACUAACUCCCGAAUAUAGAAAAAACCUUAAUCUCCUGGAACUAAGUAAAUUGCUGAUGGUCGAUUAAAUUCUCCUGAUUCCCAGUGCUGUUCAGUAUGGUUACUACCAAGGGAUUCUCAGAAAUGGCUACUAAAGCCACUGAGAAGGCCCAGAUAAUUCUUAUUGUACCUUAACAUUUUUACACAAAUGGAAUUAAUACUACUUAUUAUUUGAGUAAAGAACACAAGGAUUUAAAGAGUUUGUGAAAAUGUGUCCUGUUUAUGAAAGGUGAAACUGUCCAAUCAGUGUCAGAUCAAUGUCAGCCGUCUGGUAUCUCUGGUACCAGAUUAUUAAACUUCCUCGAGGCGCAAAUUUACUGCACGCAGCCUCGGCUGCCCCCCAACGCUUAUCUGUGUUUUGUGCUACUACUUCCCCUUGGUGUGAGAAUGAGACCAGAUCUAUUCCAGAGCACCCAGUCCCUCCAAAGCCUUUGCGUGUAUUUCAGCUGUACUUGACUAAACUAUUUGGGAUUUAAAAGGAUGAGUGGGAAAGAGGUACAAAGAGCUACAUUUGUCAAAGGGCAGCAAAAAUGAUAAGGAUUUUAACAAGGAUAUGAAAUAAACAAAUUUUUGAAUACUCUGAAAUAUUUGUAGAGGAAUACAGUAGGAAAUGGUUAUAGGCACACAUUUAAGGCACUUUUAAUAAGUUUAACAAAACAAGAAAUUUGCAUAAGUAAUGGGUUAUGUGAAAUAGGUAUCUACUUUUGCUCAGUAAUGCCCAAAAUCUAGGCCAGUUGUUCUCAAAGCGUGGUCCCAGGACCAGCAGCAGCAUCCCUAUAGUGUGUGUGUGUGUGUGUGUGUGUGUGUGUGUGUGUGUGUUCCAGUGACGUUACUUCUUCAAGCCCCCGAGUCACUGUAGCCAUGACUCUCCAAACGAUUCCAGCCUUUCCCAUCUUUUCUGCUGUCGUUACAUUAUGUGAUCAGUCUCUGGCCAUGUGAUUUAUAUUGUCAUGUUGCUCGGAUACAUUUUUAUUUGCUGUUAAGAAAUUAUCAGAUUGAAUCAACUACUUGCUCAACCUGCAAAACCUUUGAUUUGACUUAGCCAGCACAUCUGGCCAGUUUUUGGUUUAAAAUCAAUUUUGUAAUUCACAAAUAGGAAAGAGGAAAAUGUGUUACAUUCAUUUGGUACUGCCAACCCUUAAAUGUCUGUCUUUCCUGUGGUGGCUGUUCUCUAGGAGGGCUCUGGCAGAAAUAGAUUUGAUUUUAAGAUUUUGCAUAUUUGUGGAAUUUGAUAUCAACAAAUCUGUAAACAAAUUCUGAACUGGAACAACCAGUUAACUCCUCUCUCUUUGAUUCCAAGCUUUAUGGAAAUGUAUUCCUUAUGUGGUGUUGAGCUCUUUUUAAUGUUCAAUUUUAUAAAAUGUUCUGCAUGCAAACGCAGCAUCGUGCUCAUUGUACAAGUCACCUGACACUCAUCUCCUCCUCCAUAUGUGUGAUGGUGAAGAAACAGCAACAUGUAUGUUCUUACCUCUCCUGAAUCAAUUGUAAAUUACAAAUCUUUUCAUUAAUUUUUAAAUGAGAUAUAUUUACUCUGGCUAGUAGUUAAAAUUUUAUUCUUUUUAUUAUAUUUCAUUGCUACUUUUUUCUACUGACUCCAGAGCUUACUUUGGGGACUAUUUCUUAUUUCUAGAUUGCUGUAUUGAUCUUAUUUCUAUAUUUAUCUGUAGUCAUGGAAUGUUAGAGCUGAAAGGGACCAACCUCUCCUUUUACAGAGGAGGAAACUGAGGCCCAGAAAGUCAAAUAACUUACACAAGGUCACGCAGUGGCAGGGCCCAGCCUCAAUCCCAGUUCUCCUGCCUCUGGGCCCAGUGUUUUUUCAUCCAAAGCACUGCAUUUAUGGAAGAGCCACAGCUGGCUUCUACUUUUAUGACACAUGAAUUUCCCAGGUAUUUCAGCGAGCAAUAUAUAUGCUUUAAGGAAAAUGUUCGAGUUCUUUAGCUCGUGAAUCCAAAGACAAAUCUGAUUUUCAGUUUAGAAAUUUUCAUUUCCCCCCAAUUUCAAUGUAUGUGCCCUACUCUACACAGUGGAUGCUUUCCCUAAAAGUUAUUUGAAAAAUGAAUUUUUAUAGGUUAAAUUUCAUUUUUUAGUAGAGAAGCUUCCUGUGGAAGGGAGUCUUCUGGUGACUUCUUCUGAAAAAUGAAAAAUCCUCUUGUCAAUGUCCCCUAAUGCCUCUACUUUUUUUUUUUUUUCAGUGUGAACUUUUGUAAGUGGCAUUUAUUUAAAGUAGGGCGAACCAAUGUAGGCUUUCCUAGAAUCUACUUUAUCCUCCCCUUCUUAAGCUUUAUAAGAUAGUUUCAGACCGUUAGGUGUUCGUGAGAUACUUAGUUGUAUUCUAGAAACUUCUUGAUAUUUUAUCAAUCCCUGGGCUCAAACUCUAUCUCAAUCUUAUCAAACGAUAACCAAAUUUCCUAAUCAGUACUGAGCUCUGCAUGCAGUUUCGUUUCCAGAACAUUCUUUGCCUAAUGCUCCUUAGUAUGACUCUCUCUUUAGCUAUUCUCAGGCUUCCUUCCAUAGCUCCUGUGUACCUCAUUAGUCUGGUUUAGUAGAGUUGCAGGCAGUGCUCGUUAGAUGGAGUGGUGUUUCCAGUUAUCCCAUUGUUCCAGUCCUUCUCCUGGACCUCCUCUGGUUUCCCUUUUCAGGAACACUCAGAGAUUGGUGGGAUUUUCCUCAUCAUCUAGACCAAGGUUUGAGAAACUUUUUCUAUAAAGGACCAGAUAGUAACUCUUUUAGGCUUUGUGGGCCACAGAUGGUCUCUGUAUCAUGGUCUUCUUCUUUGUUACUGUUUGUUUGCUUGUCUGCUUGCUUGACAACACUUCAAAAAUGUAAAUACUAUUCUUAGCUCUUGGGCCAUAUGAAGCUGCAGAUUGGAUUUGGCCUGCUUAUCAUAGUUUGCUGACCCCUGGGAUGGGCAUUUCUGUGACCCACGUGAUGACUGGGUUGUGUGCUGGGUGAUGUGGCUCACUGCCCUCCCAUCUCCCGAGCUAUCAGGCCGGCCUGUGCAGAGGGGAGUGGAAAGGGGCUGCAUUUGCCAACUAGUACUCUCUGACAGAUGGACUCUCUCAUCUGUCUCUGUCUCUGUCUCUCUGUCUCACUCUCUAACUACCUCGGUGUAGAAACCCUCAUUCUUUUCUCUAGAUCUCCUGUACUGGUUAUCCAAUGUGCCUCUGCUUCCUCGAGUGUGGGGUGAGCUGGCAGGAAAGAAUGGAUUUCUGAGGUUUCUUAUUUCGUUUGUCCCAAACUGUGGUCGGGGACCCCUGCCCUGGAUCAUCUGUCCCACUCUGCCCUAUACUGCCAUCACGUGUUCAGGGCCAUCUCUGGAAAGUCUGGUGGCCCAGGCCAUGAAAUUCCAGUUCAGUCUACUGUUUCCUAGGGGUAUCACUAGCUCUCUUGGUUCCAAUGGCUGGUUUUAAAACCCAAAAUGUCCAUGUGCCCAUUUUAAUGUGAUUUGGACCUGUUCUAGACUCAGCCCCAGCAAUGAAAUCAAUGAGGUAUGGAAGGUGUUUUGUGCCCACAGUUUCUCCCCACCUUAACCCCCUGCCUCCUAGACCCCCAGCCUUGGGGAUGGGCUCCUUGGGAUGCCCCAUGCAGCACCACAGCCAGCAGUCAUUCAGCACACCAUCACCUCCUGUUUUCUGAACCCCUAAGAGGGUUCCUUAAAGCUUCUUCACAUCUCUCUCAUCUCACUCCCAUCUCUACCUUUCAUGCUACUUGGGGGUGUAAAGCUCAGUUUCACAUUUUCACAUUUGCUCGUAUAAAUAUUGGGGGAUACGGGUGAAUGACAAGGUGUGUGCCUGUGUGUGUAUGCGUGGUUUCUCCACCUGGACUAUGAAGGUCCCAUUUACUGAUGUAUCUCUCACACACACACACACACACACACCAUCCAGUUCUGUCAUCAGUUCUCUGGUCCAGUUCCAGGUCUGAUGGGGCUGGUCAAUGAGGAGGGAUGGUGGGGCUCCUGAGGCAUUCCCCUUUUCUUGUCUCUUGAAACCUUCUUUCCACUGGCUUGUGCUGGCUUCUCCCAGGAAGCCAUUUGAAGAAACUCCUCUGGGGCAAUUCUGGACAGGCCAACAUACAAAGAGCUAGGACUUUAAUUCCAUAUGAACUCUGUCACUUAGACAUACCUCUCAGGCUGCAGGAUUUUUUUAAAUCUAAGAACAUUGCUUCUUGUGACCUUUAGUUUGCUUUCUGUCAUUUGAGCCCAGGGAUUUACCCACUUACUGAAAUCUAGAUUUUAAAAACUCAAGACACGAGUAACUUUAGGAUUUCCUUAUUUGAAAGCAUCCAUGAAACAGUUUCUUUCUGCCUUUUGUUUAGGAUUUCCAGCCUUAAGAAGGAAACCAGGCUUGUACCUUGGACUCUAAAGCAGCAAAAGUACCACACUUGCCAAAAACAAAAUGAGGAAGGAGGAUUGGCUAGUCCUACUCUGCAUAGUCAGGAGAAGGACUUUUGUUAUGUUAGCGCUCACCAUUCAAUGCUUACUGAAUGCCAACGGUGCACUCAAGAAAAAUCAGGGAGACAGGAAUUUGCAGACCGAGAUCCUAAACUGGAAGGAAGAGAUAAGGCAAUUCCUCCAAGUGAUAAGAAUGUGUCCCUGGAUAAAAAUAUCAAGAAGCAGCAUAAACUGAGAGAGAUUGCCAUCCUGGUCUUUUUAGAAUUCCAACACAAAAUGGAAGGGAGCCCUCUGUGGGGUGAUAUUACAAAGGGUUUUUCUUGUCUUUCCUUCUUUUUCUUUUUUUUCUUUAAAAGAAAAAGCAUUCCUUACUGGCUUGCUACCAGCAAUUGAACUGUAUUCUUUAUAUAGCUAGAGCUGUUUGUGUCUUCUUAAAAUAA